CCCCGGCUUCGUCGCCUUCCCUGUUGCCCGCUCCUGGGUCCGACGCCUCGCCCUCCCAAAGCACGGACCCGGGCAAAGACUGCGGCCAGGGUUUUUGUCCCAGGAAGAAGCUGAGACGUGAGUGGGGUUCCUCUCAUCCCAUCCGUCCUAAGAGGCCUUCACGGAUGUCAUCUCUGGGAAGUCUUUUCCCGGAUUCUCCCUCCCUCUGCCUUUGCAUGGAGACUGUUUAUACCUGACGCGACUCCCUCCGCCUGAGUUAGAGUCGACUUGGGUAACUGCUUGUCUCACUUGCCCUUCUCUGGACUCUUGAAGGUAGAAACGGGAUCCCUGGCGAUGCUGACAGUCCCUGGUUUCGUCAAAUUGUUUCUCUUUGGAAGAAUACUUUUUAGGCGUUUUGUAGCAGUAGUGAUCAUUACAGCUAAAAUUUGGGCACAUCCUUUAUCCCAGCACUGUACUAAAGACCUUGUGAGAAUCUUCUAAUUUCAUUAUCUUUACAACAACCCUGUGAUGUAGAUAGGUGGUAUACCCCUUUUACAAAUUGGGAGUUGGGAAACUGAGGCCCAGUGGCUAAAUAACUCGCCCAAGAUGAAUGGUGAAACUGGGAUUCUAACUCAGGGAGCUGGACUUGCGAGCCUGAGCUCUUCACCAGCCACACAGCCUCUCCAGUGAGGGGUGCAGCUAUGAUUCUGUUCCUUGGAUCUCAAAAUAUUAUCUGGGAGCAACAGUCAUUCAAGAAAUAUUUGUCGGGUGCUGGUGCUGGAGCUUUAGUUGUCUGCAGAGCAAGACGUGGCACUUGCCUUAAUAGCACCAGCAGUUAAAUGAGGGAGACAGAUGAAUUAGACGUUUAGAGAACAAGUGUAGAAUUACAACUGUGAUGAGUGCUGGGAAGAAAUGAGAAGCUGUUUGGAGAACUGUUACACAGGGAUUUGACCUGGUUGGUUUGGGAAGGGGAGCUGAGGCAGGUAAGGAGGGUGUCAUUGAAAACUCUGGAGGAGCAAAUUGAACACUGACUGUGAUUUAAUGGGCUAAGAGUACCUUCCAAAGGCCAGAAAGGAUCUCUGAGUUCCGAAAGUCAAAAAAAUCGACAUUAGCCACAUACCAACAUCUAUGUGGGUCAGUCUUGGGGGAAGGCAGCACAGAGAGCUUUCAAUUAAUCCACAGGAAAUGGAGAGGCGUUUGUUUUAUCAGGUAUUAAUCAUUCAUGUGUUCUUUAGCCGGGGAAAUGUCUGAUGAGGAGAUCAAAAAGAAGACACUAGCUUCAGCUGUAGCCUGUUUAGAAGGGAAGUCACCAGGGGAGAAAGCAGCAAUCAUACAUCAGCAUCUUGGCCGUCGAGAAAUGACAGAUGUGAUCAUUGAGACCAUGAAGUCAGACCCAGUUCUACCAGCUUUUUCCAUCCAGGGAAGUGGAUGUAUACUGCAUUCCCAACAUGGAGGUGGUCAGAACUGAUGAGCUAAAAGCUACAAUGGAAGAAGGAAAGUCUUCAGAAGCAUCCCCCACUGCACACAGAGGUAGAGAUCAAAGUAAGGAAUGCGUAAAUGCUGCUCCCGAGUCUCCAUCCAAACAGCUUCCAGACCAGAUUUCAUUCUUCAGUGGAAACCCAUCAGUUGAAAUAGUUCAUGGUAUUAUGCAUCUAUACAAGACGAAUAAGAUGACCUCCUUAAAAGAAGACGUAAGGCGCAGUGCCAUGCUGUGUAUUCUCACAGUCCCUGCUACAAUGACCAGUCAUGACCUGAUGAAGUUUGUCGCCCCAUUUCAUGAAGUCAUUGAACAAAUGAAAAUCAUCAGAGACUCUACUCCAAACCAAUACAUGGUGUUGAUAAAGUUUAGUGCACAGGCUGAUGCAGACAGUUUUUACGUGGCAUGCAAUGGCCGCCAGUUUAACUCAAUAGAAGACGAUGUUUGCCAGCUCGUCUAUGUGGAAAGGGCUGAAGUGCUGAAAUCUGAAGAUGGCGCCAGCCUCCCCGUGAUGGACUUGACUGAGCUUCCCAAGUGCACAGUGUGCCUGGAGCGCAUGGACGAGUCUGUGAAUGGCAUUCUCACCACGUUAUGUAACCACAGCUUCCACAGCCAGUGUCUGCAGCGCUGGGACGACACAACGUGUCCCGUUUGCCGAUACUGUCAAACGCCAGAGCCAGUCGAAGAGAAUAAGUGUUUUGAAUGUGGUGUUCAGGAGAACCUUUGGAUUUGUUUAAUAUGUGGCCACAUAGGCUGUGGGCGGUACGUCAGUCGACAUGCUUACAAGCACUUUGAGGAAACACAGCACACGUACGCCAUGCAGCUCACCAACCACCGCGUCUGGGACUACGCCGGAGAUAAUUAUGUCCAUCGACUGGUUGCAAGUAAAACAGAUGGAAAAAUUGUACAGUAUGAAUGUGAAGGUGAUACUUGCCAGGAAGAGAAAAUAGAUGCCUUACAGCUAGAGUAUUCAUAUUUACUAACAAGCCAGCUGGAGUCUCAGCGAAUCUACUGGGAAAACAAGAUAGUUCGGAUAGAGAAGGACACAGCAGAGGAAAUUAACAACAUGAAGACCAAAUUCAAAGAAACCAUUGAGAAAUGUGAUAACCUGGAACACAGGUUAAAUGAUCUCCUGAAAGAAAAGCAGUCCAUGGAAAGGAAAUGCUCUCAGCUAAACACGAAAGUGGCCAAACUCACCACGGAGCUCAAAGAGGAGCAGGAAAUGAAUAAGUGCUUAAGAGCGAACCAAGUCCUCCUACAGAAUAAGCUGAAGGAGGAGGAGAGGGUGUUGAAGGAGACCUGUGACCAAAAAGACCUGCAGAUCACUGAGAUCCAGGAGCAGCUGCGGGACGUCAUGUUCUACCUGGAAACACAGCAGCAGAUCAACCACCUGCCUGCUGAGACCCGGCAGGAGAUCCAGGAGGGCCAGAUCAACAUUGCCAUGGCCUCGGCCGCCAGCUCCCCCUCCUCGGGGGGCAGUGGGAAGCUGGCCUCCAGGAAGGGCCGCAGCAAGAGGGGCAAGUGACCUUCAGAGAACAGAUAUCCCCGAGACUCUCCUCCACCCUGGCACUGAAAGGGUGUGCUGGAACUUUCAGCUGAAUGUGGGGGUGGACCUUAAAUAAGUACAUAAGUGAGGAUCAAGCCACAGUUGUUUGGAUCUUUUCUUUCCUAGCGUGUGGUUUAAUGAAUUAGAGAGCUGAUGUCUAGGAGAGCAGAAGGUAAUAGGGCAGUGUUUUCAAAGGUGGCUGCUUUUCUCAACCGUGAUAGUUCACUAACCUCAGACAUUCUAAUGACCAUUUUGCCUUCCUACUUGAUAGAUGCCCCAACUCUGCUGUGCAUUUUUCCGUUGUAUUUAUUGAGUUGAUAUAUUUGACACUCAGUCCUGGGGUCAGUUUAAGACUUUUUUUUUCUUGGUCAUUUCUAAGGUCACAGUACCUAGCACUCAGUACCAAACCUCCCUAAGGUCUUAGCAGCUGCUUUAAUGAGAAGUUACCAUUGGGUACUGAGGUGUUAUGAAAAUUCCCUGGCAUUAGUCUGCUAUCACUGUCAUCCACCCAUGUGGAUGACACGUGGAUGUGGGGAAUCGAAGAAUUGUUUUGAUGUUUUCUGAAAAGAGGCGGGGCCUGUAAACCACGUGCUGGCUUGUCAGCAGCAGCUGUCUCUUCCAGCUCUAGGGCUAGCGAGGAACAACCAACUGGGGGUAGAGUUGACCCCGGGUCAGGGAAAGGAGGGCAUUUCCACUUUAUUUUUGGUGACUCUGCUCCUCCUUGGGAACCUCAAGAAGGAGACUUAAUUGUUGCUCCAAGACUUAAAUCUCAGAGCAGACUACCUAACACCUAGCAAGAAGAGGAGGGGGCAGGUUCAUCAUCCAUGUGCAAACGUAGAGUGAGGCCUCUGACCAGUUGAUUGUCUGUUUUGCUGGGAUCAGUAUUUUCUGGAUGUUUAUAAAAGAUG